AUGCACGUCGAGGCGACUACGAUAUCCGAACCGGCAGCGGCGGCCCCGUUACCUCCUGCUGACGAAUCGACCAAGAUCCCACGGAGAACCCUUCCGCUAUCAUGUAGUGGCUGCGGCGCAUUGAGCCAAACGACGGAGGCCGGGCAUGCUGGGUACUACGACCUGAGCAGGAAAGCCGUGAAGGAGUAUCUCGCGCCUAAGGGUAUCAUGGAAGAUGCGGAAAUGGAGGCGCGGGAGGAAGACAAGGUCAUUGAUGAGGUCCUGCAGAAGAUGAGCGAGGAACAGCUGGCUCAACUUGGCUUGGACCCGAAGACGCUGCGUUUUGGGGAGGAACUGGGUUCAGACGUUACAACAGCAUCAGGUCCCAAACCAAAGAGAGUACCGCUCUGCGACCGAUGCCACAAGCUGGUGCACCACCAUGCCGGAGAGCCAAUCUACCACCCGACGGUCGACGCCCUGCGCGAGACGAUCGAGGAGUCCCCCUUCAAGAAUAACCAUAUAUACCACGUAAUCGACGCCGCCGAUUUCCCAAUGUCGUUCAUUCCGAAGCUGCACCAAGUCCUCGACGCCAACUUGAAGCACAAAAACCGUAGGAACAGGGCUGGGAGAUACUUCAAAGAUCGCAAGUUCGACAUGAGCUUCAUCAUCACACGGUCGGAUCUGCUGGCGCCGAAGAAGGAGCAGGUGGACUCGCUCAUGCCGUACCUGAGAGAGGUUCUGCGUCGGUCGCUGGGCAAGUUUGGACAGCUCAUCAGACUGGGCAACGUCAAGUGCGUCAGCGCCCAGCGAGGGUGGUGGACCAAGUCGCUCAAGGAGGAGAUUUACAAGCGUGGCGGUGCGGGCUGGAUGGUUGGCAAGGUCAAUGUUGGAAAGAGUCAACUGUUUGACUCGGUAUUCCCAAAGGGCACUUCGGCAUCUCUCCCAUCAAAGAACCCUGUGCAGAUCUCCUUAUUUGCAAAGGAGGAGGAUAGCGACGGCGCCCACUAUGCUGCGAGGGGAAACUUUGAGAACGACUCAGAUCGUUUCGAACUGGAUGCUUUGCUGCCUCCUGCUCGUCCCGAAACAGAUUAUCCGGAGAUGCCUACGGUCUCCUCUCUUCCAGGCACGACGGCUUCUCCUAUUCGAAUUCCUUUUGGCAAUGGCAAGGGUGAGCUGAUUGAUCUACCUGGAGUGGCUAGAUCGGAUCUCGAGAGAUACGUCAAGCCUGAGCACCGCCAGGAUCUCAUCAUGCACCACCGAAUCAAGCCCGAACAGCAAUCCCUAAAACCUGGUCAGUCCCUCCUGCUCGGAAGCCUGAUCCGCAUCACGCCCACGACGCCGGACCUCGUCUUCCUCGCCUACAACUUCACCCCUAUUCCCGAACACGCGACAUCCACGGCGAAGGCCAUCGAGUUCCAGCAGCAGACGAGGGAAUCCGAUCGCGUGCCCAAUAUCGCCGCCCCCGGUAUUGCCGAGAAGCUCAAGCUCGCGGGCUCUUUUGAGCUCAAGUACGACGUGACCAAGGAACGCGCGGGACCCCUCACCCGCAAGGACGUCGGCCGUAGAAAGGUCGAGGACCUCCCCUGGCGCGUGGUGGCCACCGAUAUCCUCAUCGAGGGGUGCGGAUGGGUCGAGAUUGUGGCGCAGGUGCGGACCAAAGACCUGUUUGCCGGCUGCGCGCCGUCCCUGAUGGAGGAGGAACCUGAACCCGAGCCCGAACUCGAGGUCGAGCCUGAGCCUGUGGAUGGCUUCGCCAAAAUGGAGCUGGCCUCAAUCGACCAGGCCGGCCCACCCAAGGUCGAGAAGCAGAAGAAGAAGGAGGAGGAGAAGCCCGCGAAACCCGCCCGGAACCCCGACGAGCCCAACUGGCCCGUCGUCGAAGUCUGGACGCCCGAGGGCAGGUUCGUCGGCACUCGUCUGCCGAUGAACGCGUGGCUUCUGAAUAAGUCCCCCAAGAAGGAGAUGAAGAGCCGUCCGCGCAAGAGCAUGAAGGGCGCGAAGAAGGCGGCUAAGGCUGCCAAGAGAGCUCUUGCAGCGGAUGCUUGA